AUGAGAUCCACCGCCGCCAUCGUCGGAGCUCUCGCCUCCCUCCUCGCUGCUGGCUGCUCCGCCGCUGAGGAGAGCGCCAGCCUGAUUGUCGACACGGCGCCGCAGUACCUGCGCCCCUACGUUCUUCCCAAGCACUCAGGGCAAGCCGUCGCCGUGGGCCAGCAGAUCUACCGCUUCUCCGUGACGGGCAACUCGUCGGCCGGCGCCUUCACCCUGAUGCAGACAAACGCCCCCGCCUCGAGCAGCCUGGGCGUGCUCCCGCACACGCACAAGGCCCACUACGAGAACUUCUACUGCACCAAGGGCCGCGUGCAGCUGUGGACCAAGACCAACACCACGGGCGAGAACGCGCGCAUCCUCACCGCCGGCGACUACGGCGCCGUGCCGCAUGACACCAUUCACACCUUCCAGAUCACCGACCCAGACACGCAGCUGACGGGCGUCAUCCAGCCGGGCGGCUUCGAACAGCUGUUCAUCGCCAUUGGCGACGGCCCCUACAACUCGUCGACCGGCGCCGCCUUUGUCCCCGCCGCGGUCAACAGCUCCGCCUCCGGCGCCGGCAGCUCGGCCAGCAUGAUCUCCGCCCUCGAGUCGUUCGACGUCUUCGCCCAGCUGGACUACUCGCCGCGCUACGACUUCGUCAACGGCAGCGCUGGCACCAGUGCCGGCGCGAGGUGGCACGACGGCGCCAACGCCCUGGCAAAGGACGCCCACACGCCCAACUUCAUCGCCAAGGGCUACGGACCCAAGUACCUCAACGUCGACGACGGCGUCUAUCGCGUCGUGCAGCCGCUCGUGACCGACACCCAGAGCGCCGGCAACUUCACCAUGGGCACCAUCACCAUGUCGCCGCUGCUCGCCAACCAGACCGACACCACUCAGCAGAACCUGACCCAGCCCUUGGCCUUUCAGGUGGAAGAGGGCCUGCUCGUCGUCGCAGUCGAUGGCUAUGAUGCCGUCAACCUGAUCCAGGGCGAUGUCGUCUUCAUUCCCGCCGGCACCGCCUUCACCUACCACGCCGCCGUCCCCUUCACCAAGUUCCUGUACGUCAGCGGCGGCGGGGACGGCCUCGACUAUCAGCUGUUGCAGAAGAGCGUGGCCUGGAACUACGCCACCUACCCCACUUACGCUGGUUACACCAUCUAA